GAGAGUGCUAAAAAAUUGGAAGAAAUUAAAAAGAAGGUUGCUCCAAUUAUAGACUCAGUGUCUGAUCCUGUCAAAAAGUUAGCUGAUUUCAAAGAAAAAGCGAAGACUUUAGCGGCUGAUAUAAUCGACAAAGAAGAUCAGCUGCUUCUCAAUAAUUGGACCAAUGUGUACAACAACUCCAAUGCAGAUUUCAAUCGCAAGGUUGUACAUAUGGUUGAUAACAAUUAUAAUGAAUUAUGUGAGGACAUUAAAUUAGUAUUCAACAAGGCCCACGAAAAUGCUACUGAACUAGAGUCUUGCGAAGCUCUUAAGAAGGAAUUAGUAGAUAUGUAUGAAGCAGCCCUCGCAGCAAAAGAAGAUAAAGAAAAACUUGUGUCUAAACUUGAGACUGAUAUUGAUGAUACUCGUCAACAUUACGAAUCCAAAUUGGUUAACUUACAACAACAGAUUAAAAUAUCCGAAGAUAAACUUCUAAUAAAAGAAGAAUAUGACAAUUCAUUAAAAGAGUAUCAAACGUUAAAGGAUGCUAAUGAGGAAAUUCGACAGACAAACUUACAAUAUGAAGCUAAAAUUAAAGAAUUUAAAAGCAAGAUCGCUAAAUAUAAAAAAGUUACUGAAUUAAAAAAUAUUAAAAAUGAAAUUGCUGCGGAACAAGCGUCAGCCACAGCUGUUGGACGUUUUGUUGAAGACAAAAAAAACUCUAGAAAAAAAACUCAACAAGAAGUAAAAGCAAUAGAACAGAAGAAGGGCAAGCUACUAUACGACAUUUUCGAUACAAAAAAACAAAUUGAUAAAUUAGACACAGACCAUUUUAAACGUUAUGAAACUUUGCGAUUGGAAUUCUUUAUGCAGACCAAUGCUGUAUCUCAAAUGGAUGAGUAUUUAUCGGAUAAAUCUAAGUUAUCCGAAUUAUUGGAAUUACAAACAGAACACGAUUUAAUGAAGUCAAAAAUAAAAAUUGUUAAAGAAGAAAGUAGAAAAUACGAAGGCCAAAUCAGUGAUAUUUCUUGCAAGAUAUCAAAAUGGAAACAAACAACUGAUUCUAUUAAGGAAGAAAGUACAAAUUUAUUGUUCCAACUUUCCGAACUAAAACAAACUAUUUCUGGUCAGGAGAUUAAGAUAAAUGAAUUGAAUACCACGCUUACCGAUUCUCAAUCAUCAAAACAAAAAAUUAGAGAUGAGCUAAAGGCAGAAUUGGAAACCUUAAUUAAAGCGCACAGCGAUUCGUACGAGUUAAAGCGUAAACAAUUUGAAGAAAUUCAAUCCCGUAAUAAAAAUAAAGAGGAAGAAAUUAAAAGAAAGCAAGAAGAUAUAAAAAAAUUGUCACUUGAAUUGGAUGAGCUUAACAAAUCUAAUGAGGUUGCCACUAAAAAUGAUCUGGAGAUGAAAAAAGAACUUAAAGAACUAGAGAAUAGGUAUCUUCAAGCCGAGAGGAAGGUUAGGAACACAGAGACGAUCUCAACAAUAAUAGAAAAUGAAGAGAAUAAUGAUAAUAAGACUGUUUAAAUAUUUGCAUAAAUGCAACAUAAGACAUGAUAUUUACAAAAGUUGUUAGUUUGAAAAUGAAUGUCAUUAUUUACUUUAUUUUUUUAGCUUUAUAUAUUACUCUUACUACUAUAAUUUACUACGAUUAUUUAUGCUUUAUACAAAAAAUAAUGUUAUUUUUCUGGUAUAUUUAGAUUGUCCAUGAUGAUAGUUACUAAUUUUUUUUUAACUUUAUUUACUACUCUGUAUAAUUUAAUAAGAUUAUUUAUGCUUUAUAC